CACUAGGGUUUAAGCAAUUAACCCUUCCAUUUUUCUGUCUCUCCCUCAAACACACAAACACAAACACACUCACAGAGAGAGACACCAACAUGUCACUCUUUCGCCUCGUCCUCCUCCGCUCUCUCCGCCGCUCCUCGGCCACCUUUUCCCCCAACCCACAAACGCAAACCUUAACCCCACUUCUCAAUCAUCUCCAAAGCCCCAACACCGAAUUCCAAACCACAUCGACGCGCGGCUUCGCGUUCUCGUCGGCAGAGGAAGCCGCAGCGGAGAGGCGGCGCAGGAAGCGCCGGCUGCGUAUCGAGCCGCCUCUGCACGCGCUCCGGCGCGAUCAGGGCCCGCCACAGCGUGACCCAAACGCGCCCCGGCUGCCGGACUCGACGUCAGCGCUGGUGGGGCCGCGGCUGAACCUCCACAACCGCGUGCAGUCGCUGAUUAGAGCUGGCGACCUGGACGCCGCCUCCGCCGUGGCGCGCCAUUCCGUGUUCUCCAACACCCGACCCACCGUCUUCACUUGCAAUGCCAUCAUAGCUGCCAUGUACCGCGCCAAGAGGUACAAUGAUGCUGUUGCUCUAUUCCAAUACUUCUUCAACCAAUACAAUAUUAUUCCGAAUGUUGUGUCUUACAAUAAUUUGAUUAAUACCCAUUGUGAUGAGGGGAGGGUUGACGAGGCGAUGGAAGUUUAUCGCCAUAUUAUUGAGAACGCACCAUUUAGUCCGUCAUCGGUCACAUACCGGCACUUGACAAAAGGGUUGAUUGAUGCAGGACGGAUUGAGGAGGCAGUGGAACUUUUGAGGGAAAUGUUGAAUAAGGGGCAGGGUGCGGACUCAUUGGUUUAUAACAAUUUGAUUAAGGGGUUUCUAGAGUUGGGGAAUCUGGAUAAGGCGAAUGAGCUUUUUGAUGAGCUUAAGGAGAGGUGUCAGGUUUAUGAUGGGGUUGUGAAUGCAACAUUUAUGGAUUGGUUUUUUAAUCAGGGGAAACCGAAGGAGGCGAUGGAGUCAUAUAAAUCCUGGCUGGAUCGCCAGUUUAAGAUAGUGCCUGCGACUUGUAAUGUUCUUUUGGAGGUGUUGCUUAAGCACGAGAAGAAAAAGGAGGCUUGGGCGUUGUUUGAUUUGAUGUUGGAUAAUCACUCCCCGCCAAAUUCCCAAGCAGUGAAUUCGGACACGUUUAACAUAAUGGUUAAUGAGUGUUUUAAGCUUGGCAAGAUUGAGGAGGCAAUUCCCACAUUUAAGAAGGUGGGAGUGAAGACAAAUUCGAAGGCUUUCCAAAUGGAUGUUGCAGGGUAUAAUAAUAUCAUUUCUCGAUUUUGUGAGAAUGGGAUGUUAUCAGAGGCGGAGAUGAUGUUUGCAGAAUUGACAGCAAAGUCAUUGUCCCCAGAUGUCACAAGUCAUAGGACUUUAAUUGAUGCAUUUUUGAAAGCGGACAGAAUUGAUGAUGCUUUAAAGGUGUUCAAUAGAAUGGUAGAUGCUGGCUUAAGGGUAAUUGCUAAUUUUGGCAACAGGGUAUUCGAUGAAUUGAUCAGGAAUGGCAAGGUAAUGGAUUGCGCACAGAUUUUGUCUAAAAUGGGAGAAAAAGAUCCAAAACCAGAUCCUACUUGCUAUGAGGUUGUGAUAAAGGGACUUUGCAAUGAAGGUAUAUUGGACAAGAGCCAGGAUUUACUGGGCGAGAUGAUGAGGUAUGGUGUUGGACUUACUCCUGCAUUGCAGGAAUCUGUAAGUGAGGUGUUUGGGAAAGCUGGGCGUGGUGAAGAGAUUGAGAGACUGUUACGUAUGAAUUGGUGGGGAUCUGCACAUGUGCAAUCAAGAACACCUCCUCGAACAGCAGGACCUUCUCAUCCACCUUUGGGACCCCCUCAAAUGACAAGACCUCAACACCCACCAUCUGAAUAUGCUCAAAUGGCCAGACCACAGUACACACCAUCUGGACCCCCUCAAAUGUCCGCACCACAGUACCCGCCAUCCAGAUCCCCUCAAAUGACAUGGCAGCACCACUCUCCAUCAGGACCCACCCAAAUGCAGCAGCACUUUCCAUCUGGACCUCGUAAUAUGGCCGGACUACACCACCCACCAGCAGGAACCCCUUCAAUGACAGAACCACAUAAUCCACCAUCUGGACUGACUCAAAAGGUAGGGCUAUCAGGACCCACGCAAAUGGCAUGGCAGCAGCACUCUCCAUCUGGACCCUCUCAAAUGGCAUGGCAACAGCACUCUCCAUCAGGACCCUCUCAAACGGCAUGGCAGCAGCACUCUCCAUCAGGACCCUCUCAAAUGGCAUGGCAACAGCACUCUCCAUCAGGACCUUCUCAAACGGCAUGGCAGCAGCACUCUCCAUCAGGACCCUCUCAAAUGGCAUGGCAGCAGCACUCCCCAUCUGGACCUCCUCACAUAGCUAGACUCCAGCACCAACCAUCAGGAACCCCUCUAAUGACAGAACCAAGUUAUCCACCAUCUGGAGUGAGUCAAAUGGAAGGGCUGCGGCACCCACAGCCAGGACCUCCUCAAAGGAAUGGACCCUAUCAAUCGUCAUCAGAAAUUCCUCUAACUGCAGAACAGGAUCUUGUGCGGGAACCGGUUUGUGCUAACAGUAUCAGGAAGUUGUGAAAUUAUGAAUGCUUUUAUGCCUGUGUAUUUUGAUAAAUCGCAGUGUAGUUGUGGACAUUUGCUUUGAUGUUUGCUCUUCCCAUGCAGAACAUGCGAAAAGUUAAAUGUUUGCUUCGAGAAGCUUUCUAGUUUUUCAACAUCAACAAGUACUUUCACACUUUGAUUCCUCACAACUCAAUCUAAAUUAUCAACUCGUUCACUCGGUGCCGAGCAAUGCAAGGCGUGCAACAAAAGCAGAGAAGAUUGUGUAGUAGAUAUCAUUGCUAUAUUUAUACUAAAUUCAUUUGGCUAGGUUUUGAGGCUUUUCUAGAUAUAAUUUUUUUGUUUUGUUUUGCUACCCUUUUGUCUUCUCUAGGCUCUUGUUUGUAUUGGCUUCCCCAACUUGGCUUUUAAGCCUGUUGUUUUUUGGGGUUGGCUUGCUCUUGUUGAAUAUUUUCAAUAAAGUUAUUACUUAAUAAAAAAAAUUAAUGUUUAUACUCA